AUGGGAACCAAAAACCAAGAGCUUCACAUUGCUUUCUUCCCUUUCAUGGCUCAAGGCCACAUAAUCCCCUUCAUGGACUUGGCCAAACUAUUUGUCUCCAGAGGUCUCAAAGCAACCAUAAUCACCACCUCUCCAGAUGCACCCUCCAUUCAAAGCGAACUUCAAAAUUAUUCUAGUUCACAAAUACAAAUAUUCACAAUCAGAGUCCCGACUGCAGAUGUUGGAUUGCCUGAAAAUUGCCAGAGCUUGCACUGUGCCACCACCCCAGAAAUGCAUUUACAAUUUUUUACAGCAACCGGCUUGCUUGGUCCGCAGAUUGAGCAGUUCUUGCAGCAUAAGAAACCCAACUGCCUUAUGGCCGACAUGUUCUUCCCUUGGGCUACCGACUUGGGUUCUGAAUUUGGUGUUCCGGUGCUCCUAUUCCAAGGAAUCGGUUAUUUCCCAUUGUGUGCUAUCCUAUGCGUGCACCUGUACAAGCCUCACCUGUACGUCUCAUCGGAUGCGGACCACUUCGUGAUCCCCAUCUUACCAGGUGCGAUUAAGCUAACAAGAAAAAAGCUAUCGGAUUUUGUUACAAACGGGGAAGAAAACGUGUUUUCGAAGUUGUUAGAAGGUGUGAAAGCGCAGAAACAGAGCCAUGGGGUUCUGGUAAAUAGCUUCUAUGAGCUCGAAGCUGCUUAUGCUGAUCACUACAGAAAUGAUUUGGGGAUCAUAGCUUGGCAUGUGGGCCCACUUUAUCUAGUCAAUGAGAAGCUGGUUAAAGAGAACAAAAGCUCCAUUGAAGAACAACACGAGUGCAUCAAAUGGCUUGCUUUGAAGAAACCCAAUUCAGUUAUUUAUGUGUGUUUUGGGAGCUUAGCAAAUUUUGUGGAUGCCCAGCUGCUGGAAAUUGCAGAGGGUCUUGAAGCUUCAGAGAAAAAUUUCAUUUGGGUUGUGAAGAAACAACCGGGGGAAGAUGGUUGGUUGCCUGAAGGGUUCGAAAAGAGGGACGAAGGGAGGGGAUUGGUGCUAAGAGGGUGGGCACCACAAGUGAAGAUUCUGUCCCACGGGGUGGUGGGAGGGCUUGUGAUGCACUGCGGGUUGAACUCAACGCUCAAGGCGGUGGCUGUCGGGGUACCCAUGGUGACGUGGCCGAUUUUUGUGGAGCAGUUUUACAACGAGAAGCUGAUCACGCAGGUGCUUGGUAUUGGGGUUGGUGUGGGGGCCAAAGAAUGGAUGAGGGUUGUGAGGGAGAGUGUAAGGAGGGAUGAGAUAGAGAAGGCUGUGAGGAGGGCAAUGGUGGGUAAGAAGGCAGAGGAGAUGAGUACCAGAGCUAUGGCUUAUGGAGAGAUGGCUAGGAGGGCUGUUGAGGUUAAGGGAUCAUCUUAUGAAGAUCUGGAUGCUUUGAUUCAACAGUUAUGGUCUUAUGAUAUUGCUUAA